AUGCCUGUGCAGUGGCAUGCUUUAGCCCUGGGUUUGUUGGCAUCAAUAAUAGCACCAUUUGGAGGAUUUUUUGCGAGUGGCUUCAAGAGGGCUUUCAACAUAAAGGAUUUUGGUGACAGCAUACCUGGGCAUGGUGGAAUUACUGACAGAAUGGAUUGUCAAAUGGUUAUGGCAGUGUUUGCAUACAUAUACCACCAAUCAUUCAUUGCACCUCAGAACUUCUCUGUUGAGAUAAUCUUGGAUCAGAUUAUAAGAAACCUAGCCUAUGAGGAACAAAAAUACCUGUACGAGCGACUUGGGGAGAUCUUCCAUGAGAGGCCAUUGACGCAAAGCUCACAGUUAGCGUGCUUAUGA